AUGUGCCGUCGACAAAAAACCGUAGUUUAUUGGAUUGGGUUUGCUUUAGUUUUUGGUACGUUUGGCUUAAGCUUAACCGCCUCGAACGAUCCCUACACAAUCCUAGCAGUACAUAAACGAGCAACGACGCAGGAGAUACGCCGAGCGUAUAAGCAAUUGGCCAAGGAAUGGCAUCCGGAUAAAUCGAACCACCCUGAUGCGGAAACCAAAUUUGUGGAAAUGAAACAAGCGUACGAAUUGUUAUCCGACACGAAUCGUAGGCUCGCCUAUGAUCAGUACGGGAUCACGAACGAGGACGCAGUGCUGGAUCGAAAUCGUCCAGAUAAUAGCAAUUUUGGUCGGUUUCAGGAUGCUUUCGAGCAUUUCAAUGGUGCCCAUAACUUUAACUUUCACGAUCAAGAUAUAGGCUUGUAUCAUCGGCUUUCCAUUACUAGCAAAUAUUACGAAACGAACAUUUUGCCGAAAAGUCGCGUAACUCCGCAUAUACUGAUGUUUUAUGCGGAUUGGUGCUUCGCAUGUAUGAAGGCGGCAAAUUCGUUCAAGAAGCUAAUCGACACACUCGAACCAUACGGAGUGGUGUUUGCCACCGUUAAUGCCGGUCACGAGGAACAACUUGUGCGGAAGGUCGGGGUACACUCGCUGCCGUGUGUGAUUAUGGUGUUGGAUGGUCAUAAUUACGUGUACAAAGAUAGUGUGUUUAACGCGCAGCAUGUGGUAGAUUUUAUACGCCAAAAGCUGCCAUAUAAACUGUUGACGCCGGUAACAGACAGUACGCUUGAUACAUUUUUGGGCGGAUGGGCAGAUAAUCGUGUUCGGGCUCUUAUUCUAGAACCGAGAGCUCAACCCCGACUGCGGUAUCUCAUAAUCGCGUAUUACUUUCGUGAACGUGUUGCAUUUGGCUUCGUGCAGCUAAACAUCAACGAUACCUCGAACAUACAGGCAAAGUUCAAAGCUCAUGCCUCACUUGAUACUUUGCUGCUCUUCAAUGAAUUCCCAUCUCAACCGAUCGCUUCAGUUACCAUGACGGAUAUACCUACGGCGACCUUGAACAACAUCAUUUCGCACAACAAAUUUCUUAUUUUUCCACGUCUAUCCUCGCAAGAUAUGCUGGAUAGCGUUUGUCCUGCCGAAUGGAACCGACCGCGGAAGCGAUUGUGUGUGGUACUGGUCACUGAAAAUACGAGCUCGCAUGAUGGAGCUCGCACCAUUAUGCGUAAAAUAGCGCUCGAAUCGGGUUUUAGUCGUGAAAGAGUCCGAUACGCUUACAUAUACCAAGAGAAGCAAAACGAUUUUAUCGGUGCACUUUCCAAGCACAAUCAACCCAAAGAAACGCUUUUGCAAAUUGUGAUUUUCUGGCGCCGAGAUACCAAACAAAUUCGCUACGAAUGGGUCCAAGAGGUUGUGCUGCCAGUAGAUAAGGCGCUGGAGAAUGACACAGAGGAGCAAUACUUUAAUUAUACGAAGCAGAAAAUGGACACUACAAUCCAUCGAUUGUUACGCUCGUCAGAAGCUCUUAGCUACGAAACCGAAGUGAAGGCCCUUCUAGAUGAGCAUGCCGAACAUGCAGUGAUGCGAAUGGUGAAACGUGUAUUGCUGGCAUUAGAAUAUAUGGUCGACAAUUUAGGACAGGAGCACAUUCUACCAGCGAUAUCGGUUAUUGGAACAAUAGCCUUUAUACUUGGCAUUGGUUAUUUUAUGUCCUAUCUACUACAUUUGGAAGAGGAAGACAUACAGCAGAAAAAGAGCAAACACGUGGACAAUACUAGUGGAAAACCAGUGGGCUAUGUCCCCGAGCUUCGUCUACAUGAAUUACGCGCUGAAAAAUACAACGGAUUGGUUAGACUACUUAAACCCGGUUGCCGCACGAUAGUAUUGCUUACCGAUAUGCAAUCAAGAUCGAAAUUGAUUCCAUCAUUUCAUAAAGCAGUAUGGCCGUAUCGAAAGAACAAAACACUAAUGUUUGCCCACAUGCUAAUUGAAAAAGGUAUUGGAUGGUACGCUGAAUUAUUACGUUUGUCGCUGUCAGAAUCACGUGAGAUGGAAAUCAAUCCACGGAACUGUAUUGGUACGGUCAUAGCUUUAAAUGGGCAUCGCAAAUACUUUUGCAUGUACCAUGCUAAGCAUCCAGAGUCGAAUCGUGGAGCAAAGCGCAUGAUGAAAAUUACGCGCCAUCUCAGUUCGAUGCCAUCUGAUCCCGAGGCUGGAGCAUUCCUCGGUAUGGAUAGUUCUGAUUCCGAAACAUCCACGUCCGACAUAUACGAACCAAAGAUUCUGCUUGAAGAAAAUCUACUAGAUGGGUUGCCAAACUGGCUCGAUCGUUUGUUUGAAGGGAGCACGCAUCGGUACUUCGUCAACUAUUGGCCAGACUUUCCUUCAAAAUAAGAGCAAUCAGUAAUGACUAUUUGCGAACUUUUGGGUAUGUCUCUAGUCGGAUUGUUAGGGCUUAAUCUGGUUACAUCUUCACUUGGGAAGACAUACAAUCGCAAAGCUUAAAGACGAUAUUUAUUAGUUAAUGUAUACGUUCAUCGUUGUUCAUCGUUUGAUAGUUUGUUAGAAAUUUUGUUUUGCAUUUUCUAUUUGACAAAAAAGGAAUACAAUUGUUCAGAUAGAUUUUUAAUUUUUAAAAAAUGUUCAUUACUCAUUCAAUCAGCCACAAUUUAUAGUCCCAACAAUUCAAUGCAUUUAAUAUGACAAAUGUCCCUAAGAAUGGGACUUGAAAAGGAGCAGUAGUCAAGCUGCACUUCAGUAGUGUUUAAGGAGUGAUGCUACAAUUUGGAUAUUUAAACUAUAGACACCGUUUAAGCUCAUGAUCAUUAAUCAAAUGGUAGUGCUAAACUAUGCUCAGAGACAGUACUUGCCGAUCUAGUCAAAGAUUCGUUUUAUGUAAACGAAUGUUUAUGUUUCAUGUUUAAAGGUAAAACAAACGGCUUCUACCAAACAACCCAGCUAACAAUUAUCUGAAUAACAUCUGCCUUUUAGGUCGAAAAUAAAUAGGGCUUGUCCUUUACGUCCACCACAAGCAAUAUGUCCCACAAUUUC